UAUAUCUUGUCUAUGAUUAUACAGCAAAAUUCGUCUUUUGUGAAUAUUGAAUUUUGCAAUUUUGUGAGAAUUCGCGGCUAUAAACCAGCAAUAUGGUUCUUGAAAGUACAAUGAUUUGUGUGGAUAACAGUGACUAUAUGAGGAAUGGAGAUUUCCUCCCAACGAGGCUACAAGCUCAACAAGAUGCUGUAAACUUGGUAUGUCAUUCCAAAACACGGUCAAACCCCGAGAAUAAUGUGGGUUUACUGACACUGGCAAACACUGUUGAAGUCUUGGCAACAUUAACUAGCGAUGUCGGGCGUAUUUUGUCAAAACUGCACCGUGUACAACCCAAAGGAAACAUUAACCUACUUACGGGUAUUAGAAUUGCACACUUGGCGUUGAAGCAUCGUCAAGGGAAAAACCACAAAAUGCGCAUUGUAGUCUUUGUCGGUUCUCCCAUUAACACCGACGAAAAAGAGCUAGUGAAACUGGCCAAAAGACUGAAAAAGGAAAAGGUGACAUGUGAUGUUGUUUCUUUUGGAGAAGAUUCCGAGAACAAUCCUCUGUUAACCACCUUUGUUAACACUCUGAAUGGCAAAGACAACACAUCUGGUGGUAGUCACCUUGUGUCUGUGCCAGCUGGGGGCUGUGUAGUGUUGUCGGAGGCUUUAAUUUCAAGUCCACUGAUUGGUGGAGAUGGAGCUGGACCGUCUGGUUCUGGUUUGUCGCCAUUUGAAUUUGGAGUUGAUCCUAAUGAAGACCCUGAGCUUGCCUUAGCACUGCGUGUGUCCAUGGAAGAACAGAGACAGCGCCAGGAGGAAGAGUCUCGCCGACAGCAAUCCAACACAGAAGGAGAGUCUGGAGGUGCUACAGAUGCACAAGGUGGAGGCAUGGAACGAGCUCUUGCCAUGUCACUUGGUGGCCGCGAAGCCAUGGAGCUAUCUGAAGAAGAGCAGAUUGCACUAGCUAUGCAAAUGAGCAUGCAGCAGGAUGUACCAGUAACUGAAGAGAGUAUGGAUGUCUCUGAAGAAUAUGCCGAAGUAAUGAAUGAUCCUGCUUUCCUGCAAAGUGUACUUGAGAAUCUGCCUGGUGUAGAUCCCCAGAGUGAAGCCAUUAGGAAUGCCAUGUCCACCAUUAAGAAAGAUAAAGAUGAGAAAGAUGACAAGGACAAAGAUAAGGAUGGAGGAAAUACUGGCAAUACAUCAAAUGAGUAGGAUUUUGCUAUUUUUAUUGAUUACACUGUGCUCGUAAAUUUAAACAACAUAGACAACACUGUGCUGUGUACUACUAUUAUAAAUUUAUAAAUACAGAUGAAUUUCUUUCAAUUCAUUCUUUCACUGUCUUCAGUUAUUAUUUCCAUGAAAUCCAGUUAAGCCCUUCUAUAUUAUCAUACUC